AUGUCCUCUCAGUUCUUCUUAAAGACUAAUAAGGAUAUUGAAUUAUUUCAAGGUUACUCAGAUUUCAAUGAAUGUAACCAUACUUCAAAAGAAUCUCAAGUAAUUAGUUCAGUUGUUUCUCCAUGUGGUAGAUUCCUUGCUUUGUCAACAAAGGAAGCAGUCCAAGUAUUUUGUGGUAAAAAUUUUGAAAUUUUAUUAUUAGAGGCAAAAAUCACUGAUGUUUAUGAUAUUAAAUUUUCCCCUUCUGGUAAUUUCUUAAAUACUUGGGAAAGACCAUUAGCAACAGAUCCUGAACAUAAAAAUGUUAAAAUUUGGUUUUUAAAUAAAGAAAUUCCUGAUGCUUCUAAUGUUAAACCUGUUUAUGAUUAUAAAUUUAAAUCACAAAGUAAUUGGUCUUUGCAAUAUUCAAAAUUAGAUAAUUUUGCAAUGAAAUUAUUUACUAAAGAUUUAAGAAUUGUUAAAUUAUCAACAAAUGAACCAAAUUUUGAUUUUAACAAACCUUUUGCAACUUUGAAUUUAGAUCAAGAUCCAACUGAUCAAAAUAGAAAAUUUACAACUUAUUUAGUUUCACCAUCUGAACAUCCAACAAUUUGUACUUUCAUGCCAGAAAAAUCUGGUAAACCAGCACAAUUAACAAUUUGGCCAAUUCUUGAAGGUAAAAUAAUUAAAAAAAUUGCAACAAAAUCUUUCUUUAAAGCCGAUUCAUGUCAAUUAAAAUGGAAUUCUCAAGGUAAUGCAAUUCUUUGUCUUGCCAUUACAGAUUUUGAUUCACAAAAUAAAUCUUAUUAUGGUGAAAAUACUUUAUAUUUAUUAUCAUUCCAAGGUGUUAAUGGUACUUUAGGUGGUAAUUCUGUUCGUGUUCCAUUAGCAAAUGGUCCAGUCCAUGAUUUUACUUGGUCUCCAACUUCAAGACAAUUUGGUGUCAUUGCAGGUUAUAUGCCUGCUACUGUUGCAUUCUUUGAUAUGAGAGGUAAUAUUGUUCAUUCUUUAGAUAAUCAAUCAAAGAAUACAAUGUUAUUUUCACCAUCUGGGAAUUAUAUUUUAAUUGGUGGUUUUGGUAAUUUACAAGGUGCUGUAGAAAUUUUAGAUCGUCAUAAUAAAUUUAAGUCUAUUGCUAAAUUUAAUGCAACGAAUACAUCUGUAUGUAUGUGGUCUCCAGGUGGUGAAUUCAUUAUGACUGCUACUACAUCACCAAGAUUAAGAGUUGAUAAUGCUGUUAAAGUAUGGCAUGUAUCUGGUAAUUUAGUCUUUGUUAAAGAAUUUAAAGAAUUAUUAAAAGUUGAUUGGAGAUCUCCAAUUAAAGUCAAGACUUAUGCAAAUUCUCAUGUUGCUAAAGAAAUGACUAUCGAUCAAGACACAGAAACUGCCUCCUUGGAUCCAAAAUUAAAUAAAUCUCAAUUGACAGUUCAUAAGAGUGUUGCUGAAUUUGCUGCAGCUCACCCUCAACAAGCCGCAAACCACUCAAGUUCUAAUGGUGGUAAAGGGUCUACUUCUAAACCUGCAGGUGCUUAUAAACCACCACAUGCAAGAAGAGCUGGUGGUUCAAACUCCUCCAGUGUCCCAGGGAUGACCAGAACUGUACCAGGUAUGGCUAAUAAACAAACCGUUGGUGCUACUACAAAGACCACUAGUAGAAGAAGAAAGGCUAAGAGCCCAGAGAAUGAUGUCGGAUCCCCAAACAAUAGUGUUCCCUCCUCAUCUAGCUCCGAAGCAUCUCCAGAAGAGAAGAAAAUGAGAUCUUUAUUAAAGAAAUUAAGAUCAAUUGAAACCUUGAAACAGAGACAAACUAAUGGUGAUAAACUUGAAGACACUCAAGUACUCAAGAUUAGUACCGAGGCUAAAGUUCUAGCUGACUUGAAAGCUCUAGGGUGGAACGAAUCUGAUGCUUAG